UGUAAACAAUGGACACGCCUGAAAAAAUAUUAUCAAUACUUCCGUAAUAAAGCCCAAAAUAAGCUCAAUAUCUUAAAUAAAUGUUGAAAUAAGAAACAUGGUUACUCAGGAAAUUAUUUCGGCUGUCGAAAGCGGAAAUUUAGAGGCGCUACGACAGUUUGAUUCAUCCGUCCUCAAACCCGAACUGACGGAUGACUUUGGAAGUAACUGUCUUCACUACGCAGCCAGACAGGGCGGAGCUGACGUACUCCAUUUCCUCGUGCACCAGCGAGGCUUUACGUCGAAAGUUCGAUCAAAUAUUGGUGCUACCCCACUACAUGAUGCAGCCGCAGCAGGGAACUUGGAGGGUGCACAAUGGUUGGUGGAGCACACACAGUGUAGCGUGAAUGACCAGGAUGGGACAGGGGCAACACCACUACACCUCGCAUGCAGGUUCCAUCACACAAGUGUGACAGAGUGGUUACUAGACGUGGGUAAGGCAGACACUUCCAUCGACACAGCCAGUGGGGGCCUGCCUGUACAUUUCGCUGUAGUUGGCGGGGACUAUGAUGCCGUGAAACUGCUACUGGAAAAUGAUCCCUCAUGUGUGAACUUACAACUGGGAAAUGGAGCAACACCCACGUACCUGGCUGCCCAGGAGGGACAUCUCGAGAUUCUCCGACUACUCAUCCUUGAACAUCGAGGGAAUGUGAAAAUUAAGGCAUACGAUGGAAUGUCUGUGUUGCAUGCAGCAGCACAGUCUGGUCACUUAGACUGUGUACGCUUCCUGGUUGGAGAGAAGUUCAAUGCCAAUGACCGGGAUUUUGAUGGAGUUACGCCCAUCCAUUUUGCUGCCAGUCAAGGACACGCCCAGGUCAUUGAUUGGCUGAUGAAAGUAGGCGGGGCAAAAGUCACUUUGGAUAACCUUGGGGGCAGCCCACUGCACAAUGCAGCAGAAAAUAAUCAAACUGAGUGUAUCAAGGCCCUCAUCAGAAAUGGCUGUAGCAUAGAAAUCACAGACAACAAUGGAUUAACUGCUUCAGAACUUGCCAGAAAGUGUUUCCAUGAGAAAUGUGCUCAACUUAUUGAAACUUAUUCACCCCAACCUCAGCAAACUGUAGAUGAAGAUAUAGCAUACCUUAACUCAGUACAGAGUCCAAGACAACCACUUCCCCACCAACCACCUGUGAACUACAGUAAACCAAGAUCAAAUUACCCCACCCACUUAGGUAACAAACAACCAUUAGAUUACCGUAAACACCAGCCAGAAUCAACUGAACAAAAUAACAACAUCAGAUUUGCUGUUAAAAAUUAUAGGUCAAAUCACCCUGCUGCUAGAGAAAAUACUCCUAUCGGACACUUAGUAAAUGUUGCAAAUGGAAACGAAAGUCUGACUAAACCUCAGUCCCCAGAUGUGGAUUAUUCUAUGACCCAGAUUCGAUUGUUUGGAAAAGGUGACAAGAGAAGCCCAGAGAGACCCACAUCCCCGGAGCCAGACUACAGUUUGGCAAGGUCGGGCUUAGGUAACAUUCAUACUGAUACCCGAGUUCCCCGCCUCCAGUUGAAUGGUUCGAAUGAUAACUCAAACGUAGGAAAUCAGUCCCGCUACAGACCAGCUAGCAUUGGUUCGAAUAGUUCCGAUUCUUCGCUUAGCUCUUUAUCUCAGCUAGAUGAGGCUAUUGCUUUUGCCGAGAAGACAGUAGCUAGGGAGGAGAAACGUGCGAAGGAACUUAUGGAACAAAAACAGGCGAAUACGGGUAGCAGACCGAAACCAGGCCCUAGUGUUAUCCAAGUUAGAAAAUUACCUGUGAAGAGUGCAUCUGAACUUCAUGGUGCCGGAAAUGUGAGGGAAGAAAGAGACAAAACUGUGAAGUUUAUGCUGAAUGAUCAUGGAAAUGAUGGUACAUACGAUGAUGCUUAUUCUGCAAAGCAUGCAAGCAAAGGGAAUAUUCCAGUCGAAAAAAGAGGAAACAUGAAGCAUGGAAUUCAUCAAGUUUCUGUUAAACCAUCCACCACAAAUAGAAACAGUGCUGUGAUUAACUUGCCCAUAAGAUCUGCAACAAAUGGUGAAACAGAUGAUCAUACAGGGUUAGUAAAUGGAACAGUUCCUGUAUAUAACCUGAACUCAGUUUCUAGCGCACAAAUGGCAAGCAAUGCUCAUGUACACAAUGUUCCUAUCAAUGUCGGCACGGUGUCCCCCCUUGUAAAUGGGACAGGUCCAUCUGAGAUGGAAGCCCCUCCCCAUCCUCAUGUAUACCCUCCCUCAAACAAUAUCAUUGGCUCUUCAUUUUAUGAUGUUUACCAAAGCAGUAUAGCAACAGACCAAUCAGAAGAGACGAGACAUAAUGGCAACCAAUCAGAAUUCUUGAUACAAAAUGCAAACAUUCCUAUUCCUCCUCCACCACCACCUUGUGCAACCACCACUGCAAAGAAGCCAAUGGAAAAGCAGACUACAAUAAAUGUAAAUUCUGCUUCUGGUAACCAGCAUUCAACUACAAACCAUUUUCAAGCAGUAAAUGGUUCCCAGGAACACCAACCAGCACCCUCUGCACAAGAAAAUACAGGAAAAAUUCCUGUCCCACCUCCCCCUCCUCCAGCAGUAAAUGGAAACCAGCCAAAACCACUACAAAAUGGUACCCAGAAUGAAUCAAUAGAAGAAAUUAAAAGAAAGUCUGCUUCCCUCCCUGCUAGACCCCAAGCCUUAUUCACACCAGAAAUGAUGCAGUCACAGCUAAAUACGCUCAGCCCUGCCCAGGCUCGAGUGGCCAUAGAAAAUAACUCAAACACCGACUUCUUAGCAGAACUAAAACUUGCUACUAAAGGUGGCGGACUGAGAAAGACCGGUAUAAAUGGAGACCCUGGUGCCACGCCUGCUCCUAAACCAAUCACUGCCUUCAAUGGUGGACAGAAAACCGACUUGGUGAGGGAGAAACCUACAGGGGAAAAGGAUGUUAAAAUGAAACUUGAGGGAGAAUGGGACCCUAAGAACUUUGUGGACCAAGUUCCAAACAGAAAAGACUUGCCGGCUUGGAAGGUUCAACUACAGGCAAGGCAGAUUGCAGAGAAAGUCAUGAAAGAAACACUAGAGAAACGAAAGGUAGAAGACCGAGAGGCAAGGUUCAAGGGGAUGCCAGCCUGGAAGAGAGCUAUUGUGGAGAGAAAGGAGGCUGAAGCCAGGGCUGCGGAAGAGAAGAAACUUACAGAACAACAGAGAAUGCACAAAGUUGUAAACAAGAAAAUGCCUGCUGUGAAUUUGGUUGGGAAAUCUGGGGAUACAGGACUGGCUCCAUGGCAGAAAGAACUCCAAGGGAAAUAACUGUUAAUUCAUUUUACAACUGUUUGAAUCAAUGGCAGUAAGAACUCAUUUGUUUUAAUCCUUUGAAGAAAGAACACUUAGGGAAAUAACAGUCAAUUUAUCAAUAAUGGUAACAAUUGUGGACUGAUUCUUUAACGUUAAAACUUUUAUAAAUGGCAGAAUAUUGAAUAUGCAACAAAUCCAAUAGUUAUGUUAGAUGAAGAUGCAAUGUGAAAUACUUUACCGGUAACUGUUCUUGUUGAUUCAAAAUCUAAGAUGGAAAGGACUUUUCAAGAUGUCAAAGUUGAUUACUUGGUUGAUAAAAUCCUCAGCAGAUACAAAUCCAGGGGACAUAACUUUUUAGAUAUUAAAACACCAGCAGAAAGAGCAGCUGCUUAAGAACAACUUUGUUGUUGUUGUUGUUUGUUAAUAUCAUGGCAGUUAAAUGGUCAAGGGAGAUCAAUGUGUUCUUAAUAUUCAAGGGAAAUAAUUGUUACAUGUGAUGUGAUAAGUGAUUUUGAUUUUGUUUACCCUCGUGUUAAAAAGAGAGAUUUUGUUAAGUGUUCAGUGGUUAGAAAAUCUAUGGGAAAUGGUUGUACUGUGGUGGACAUAUCUUGAUUUAUAAGGGGAGUUGUUGUACUGGAGCCGUAUUCAAUAAACAUUUUAGAUUUAACUUGAAGAUAAAUGUGAAAUUUGGCUGUUUUGAAUGGACUAUAGGUUUAUUGGCCAAUUAAGAUCAAUCUCCGAUGCUUUAUAAUACUGAAUACGGCUCCUGAUAUGUAUUUUUUUGUAGUAUUUUUAUUUCUGUACUUUUAUGUACUUUUGCAUUCAGAAUGUGUAUGUUAUGUCUAUAUCUAUAUCUACGGUACACCUUUUUUAUCGAAAAUGUAAUAUCUAGACAAAGGCUUUUUUCAUUGUUUUUACACUGUGAAAGAAAUUUGUAGUUGAAUGUGGUAAGAGUAUGAUUAAUUUAUUGAAAACAUUACAUAUCACUCUUACUUGGACGAUGUGUAUAUUCCUUAGACAGAAAGUCUGUUAAUUGUUAUUUCAGAUAAACAUAUCAAAAUAUGUCUACCCUAUUUUAAUCAAAAAAAUUUCAUCCAUAACUGUUUAUUCAUGUUUUACUUUUAUAUUUUAGUACAUAAAAAUAUUUUUUAUUGGAAUCAUAAAACAAAUAGCUAAAAAGCAUGGUAUAGUUUUGCUUUAUUUAGAAAAACACAAGCUUUCAUGUUCAGACACAUUCAGAGAGAAUUUUUCUUCUCACUGCUUCGAAUAAUCAUUGUCAUAACACUUUUUCAUUACUUUAGAAUUAGAUUAAAGGGUUUGGGUUAUGUUUGUUUUUAUUUCCCAUCAAAGUAGUCCCAUAUUAUGACGUGCCCUAUUAGGGUGUUAUAAAAAAACUUAUAAUGAAAUAGUUAUUAGAAAUUAUUGAACUCAUUUCAUCAUCUUCUUUACAAUUUAGAAUUUUAGGUACAUGUUAACUUGUUCAAUUCAGCAUAAUAGAUGGGGAUGUGCCAUAGCCAGGAUAAUAGUGAGCUUGCCUUUCUAUACCACUAUAGGAAAACAACCAGGCAGAAGUCUGUAAUUGUGUUAUUGUUCUCUUGUAUGUUUGUUUAUUUAUUUGGAAUUUGAUAUUAGCUUUUGAGCACCUGUAUGACACUUAAAUUGGAUUACGAGUACCUUUGAGAGCUACCUACAGUCAAACUCCAUUGGCUGGAACUCCCAGGCACCUUAACCCUCAGGAAUAUUUUUGCAUAAAAAACUGAACAAUUCUGUUUUACUGAAACAAGUAAUUUUUGCUGUAAGGUGUUUCAUAGAAUAAUGCCUCGAAAUGUUAAAAUGUCUGUGAAUUUGAAAAUUAUGUUCAAGAAGAUGAAGAUACAUAUAAAAAUUACCUUUAUAGUAUAUUUUAUAGAAACCUUAAGAGGCUAGACUAAUGGCUGGUUGCUCAAUUUUCCUAAACCAAAUUUUAAGGUUUUGUCAAGGGUUAGACCCAAUGUAAUUUUACCAUUAUUGUACAUGGUAGUAUAAACCUAGUAAUAGUUAGUUGAUAUAAAGUAACAUUUUAAUGAUUAAGAAUGGGUGGGGUGAGCAAAGCGCAUGAGCCCUUCUUAAUCAAUAAAAUAUUACUUCAGGUCAUCAAACAGUAUUAGAAAACAACCAUAUUGGCUAACACAUUGACAAUGCAAAAUCUGACGCGGGGAGUGCAUAUAAGAUGAAUGGCAGUAGGCAGACCUUUAAACACCUACAAAAGUUUAAAUUCUUAAUGAUUAAGCCGAGUACAAAUGUACUUGCCUAUCUGAUUUUCUAUUGGCUGAAAACAUAAGUUAUAUUCUAAGAUUUGGUAAGAACCAGCGGAGCAACUGCCCUUUAGAUAGGGAUACGAUAGUUGUACAGAUACUAGCAGACUACAUUUGUGCACUACUACAAAGUACAUAUUUGAAUUGACAUGUAUACAAGCACAAAGAAAGUAAUUAAGACAACUGUGAGUAAAAAUACAAUGAGAAAUUGCACAAAACUUUUAAACAUAGCUGCAACUUUUACAUACACAUGACAUGUAGCUUCAAGAACAAGUACAAGUGGUAUUUCGUAACCUCUUUUUUCUAUGAACUAAAUACCUAGUUACUGUGCCUUUCACACUAUUAUGCACCAACAAACUUGUUUUGAAUUAUGUUUCUGUUUAAUUGUUGUCUUUUUCAUAUCAUUUUUCAUAUGUGUUGCAUCACUGAUUCUUUGCCCAAAAGUUGAUGUUAAGGAGAAAAUGAAGUUUACAUAAUUACUUUGACAGUAGUACAAUGACACACUUUUCACUUAAUGGAGGCUUUGGGCCAAAAAUGUGAAUUCAGUUUUGAAUGUAUAUAUAUAUUUAUUUGGAAUGUUGUCAAAUACCUGUUAGUCAGUGUCUCAAAAUAAUUUCAUUUGUUUUCCUUGUAUACUUUUCAAUCUAUAAUGACCAAAAUUGUUGUACUAAUAGUCUGUGAUGACCUGUUCUACAUUGUGUAUUCAUUAUUGCAAAAUUAGCAUGUUUUUCUUGCCGUUUAUACAAAAUUUUACCUAUUGUUAAGCAGAUAAAUGUUGUAAAUCAUUAUUAUAAGUUUUUGAGGUUUAAUGUAAGGCAUUAUACAUUGUGCAUAAUGUAAUAGGAUGCAGUUGGGUAUUGAAUUAAAACAAAUUUGCUGCAAAAAAUUACAUUCCAUUUAAUUGCAAAACUAAUUUGAAAUCAUACAUAAAUUUAAUGAAAGUUCACUUUUCAGCAUGUUUUAUUUGUUUAACAGGAGUCCUUCGUGUGGUCAGUGUUGGCGGCAUUAUUGUGAAAAACUCUGACCUCAGCCAUAAUUAUGUGGGUUUUUUAAAUGUUCAAAUGAAACUUAGUACCCAUGUUAUCAAUAAUAAAACGCACAUGUUUUACAAGGCCCAUAAUGCUGGCUUUAAUGACAGUAGAGUGAUGUCCCUUUAUCAAUAUAUUUUCUUGCAAUGAGAUGAUGUUUAUACAGGCAGUGUCUCGUAUGUUAUCAACUGUACAAGGCAGGGUUGUUCUGAAUAUAUAUAUUCCAAAAAGAAAUGUCAGUAUUGAUGUUUUGACUGCAACAUUUCCUGUCACUUAAUGAACUCUGUCUACAAGCUUGGAAAUGCCUUACACUCUGAAAAAAUGCCAAAAUGUACAUUCCAGCGUUUGGUUGGCCAAAUUUGUUUAAAACACCAGUACAAGCAGUACUCAUUUAAUAUUUGUUUAUUAUAGUUUGUUACUAAGUUAAUAUAUUUUAAACAGUGCUUUUUCAUACAGUUUUUAUACCUCCUUGUAAUUCCUGUUAUAUCAAAUUUUGAGAUUUAUAUUAUAAUAAACAUUCCAUCUAUAAA